AUGGUUGAAAAUACAGAAAAUUCAGAAAAGAGCUCAAUUGAUCUCAGCACAUCUGAUAGAGCUAGUCAAAAACCAGAAUUACCUGAAGCAGUUUUGGUUGAUGGCAAUAAUGAGUUGGCAAAAGUUGACGAUAGUGGAGAAGAAGAACGGGGCAAAAAAGAACAAGAACAACAAGAAGACAAGGAAGGAGAAGAAGAAGGACAUAACCAGCAAACCGAGGAAGCUAAUGGGUCGAUAAAGACAUCCAAAGCAAAAGAAGAGAAUGGGGCCGCGGUCAGUGUUCAUGAGGCAUCGUCCAAGGAUGACGAAACAUUAGAUGAACAGAAAGAGGGGCAGAAUGGCGUGGACAAGACAACAGAGGCAAGCAACAAAGUAGCACAGCAGCAACUUGAUGCAUCCGAUAACCUAGAUUCUUUAGAUUCUUCUACCUCAGACCUAUCCGAUGAACUCCAAUCUCAAUCGGACGUCAAUGAUAAUCCCGAUGCAGAGCUACCACAGUUUACAUUCCAUAGGAUAAGCCAGUUGCCCCCUUCAUUUAUGAAGCAUGAUCCUAUAUCUGCUUCCUAUAUUCAUGAAAAGUUUUUUUUAUUUGCUACUCACAACGGCUUUAUUCACAUUUCCGAUAAUAAUUUUCAAGAGAUAAGAACUUUUAGAGCUCACAGAGCCUCCAUUCUAUCCCUUCAUACAGAUGGGGAAUACUUUGCAUCUGCUUCUAUGGAUGGAACAGUUGUAGUCGGUUCUAUUCUUAACGACAAGGAUAUAGUAGCUUAUGACUUCAAACGUCCUGUGCAUGCUGUGAUUAUUGAUCGGCAGUACAAGGUGACCAAGUCUUUCAUUUCCGGAGGAAUGUCAGGAGAGGUUAUCUUGUCAACGAGAAAUUGGCUGGGCCAACGAGCUGAUACAGUACUAGAAACAGAGCACGGCCCUAUCACUUCUAUCAAAUGUGUCGACGAUUUGAUAAUUUGGACUAAUGACAAGGGCAUCACAUUUUAUCAAACAUCUACCCGAACUAUGCUUUUGAACACACCUUUGCCCAAAGGCUUUAACAGGCCUGAUAUUUACUGGCCUAAGUACUCCUUCCCUGAAACGGAUCGGCUCAUUGUUGGAUGGAAUGAUCAUGUCUGGUUCUAUAAACUAACUAUUCCUCAAACUGUUCAGACACUACAAGCUGCCAAUUUUCUCAGUACAGCGGCUUCUAGCUUUAGGAUAGGCGCUGUAGAGAAAAGCGUUGAACUUGAAUCUCAUGUUCAUUUGCCAGAUACUAUCAUUGGUGGAAUUUCCUCCAUAAAUGACAAUUUAAUUGUUUUGAAUUACCUAGCACCUGUUGAAGACAAAAGCAACAAUUCAAGAAGGCCAAAAAUGAAAUCGGCUCCUCCUGAACUGCAAGUUAUCGAUCCUUGGACGAAAGAGGAAUUGUCAGUGGAUAUUAUUGAACCUAAAGAUUAUGCAACGUUGGGGGUAAACGAUUAUCAUCUUGAAAAAUCAAUUGGCGAAAUGGUCAGAUGGUUCCUAAUCUCACCCAAUGACGCUAUCCUUAUCAAGGAAUUCUCGCUUCAUGACCAGCUAGAGUGGUAUAUUGAACACAAGAUGUAUCAGAAGGCUUGGAGUAUUUCUGAAUAUAUUCUUCCACCAUUAGAGAGAAUUACUCUAGGGGUGCAGCAGGUGCAUGAAUAUAUCAAUAGUGAAAAAUGGAGCGAAGCAGGCGAGCUUCUUACCAAAGUGCUAGCUCACAGUGAUGAUACUUCAAAAGAACAUCAAGAAUACAUUAAAGGGGAAUGGGCAAAUUUUUUAGACCUAUUUUUUGAAAAAGGACAUCAGGACCAAAUCGUUGAUUGCAUCCCCAAGGUGUAUUUCCCGAACUCAGCAGUGAAUAUUGACCCCAAGAUAUACGGGAAAUAUUUGGAACAUUAUCUAACUGACUGGAAAAAUAUACCCAAGUUUUUACAGUUGUAUCAUGACUGGGAUCACAGAUUACUGGAUUUGAGAUAUUUCCAGUUCUUGUUGGACAAUACUUUGAAUAGCAAUCAAAAUGAAUCUAACAAUAAAAUGCCAAUGGUCGAUAAGAUUCGCUUUUUGUUUAUUGAAUUGUGUCUAGAAAUUGAUGAUCCUCAGCCAGCAGUUAAACAUUUAAUCAUAAUGAGGGAUCCUGGAACUCUACAGUUCUUGAUAAGCAAUCACAUACUUGGAAAGUUUGUCGAUAGACUUCCAGAGAUUUUAACGUUGGAGUUGAAUGAUGAAGAAUUACAGUAUGCUACUGUAGACUUUAUUAGAGAAAAGCUGACCACAAAUAUUGAGCUACUUGCCAGCAAGCACAGGGAAAUAAUGCCAUCAAAAAUCAUUGAAUUGAAUGAAAGGGCAGGAUUAUCUGUAAUCAAUUACCUGUAUUUGGAAAAACUUUCCCAGCUAGAUAAGCUAUUGACCAAAGAUUUUGAAGAUGAGAUGGUUAUGCUUUACGCCAAAUUUAACGUUUCUUUACUUUACAACUUUCUUUCAAAGCACAACAAUUACAACAUAGAUUCAGCAAUAGAGAUUUGCGAAGAGAUGCAUUGCUAUAAAGAACUAGUUUAUUUAUGGGGCAAGAUUGGUAAAAACAAGAAGGCUGUCACUCUGAUUAUAGAUAAACUGGAAGACCCAGAUUUGGCUAUUCAAUUUGUUGCAACUAACAAUGAUUCUGAGCUAUGGGACUACCUGUUAGAAUAUUCCAUGGAUAAACCCAAAUUUAUCAAGGCGCUGAUUACAGCUGCUAACAGUUCGCAGUAUUUCAAUAACAUGGACGACCCGUUUGUGCUGAAGAUUGACCCCAUUUCAAUUGUUAAGCGAAUCCCAGAAAGAAUCGAGAUUGAAGGGCUAAAGCGUGCCUUGAUGAAUAUUACUUACGAUAACUAUCUGGAGUUGACCAUCAACAAAAUUAUCUUACAAAUCAUUCAAGAAGAGACACUUGAGAUUGGAAAUUUUUACAGGAAAGAGAGACUAAAAGGGGCAACUUUGGAACCAAGACAAAAUUCAAAAUUUUUGAAAGAGACGGUGAUCAUGUACUCGGAUCCUGCAAAGCCACUAGUAACAGAGACUGAAGUUGUUGGUGAAGGAAAUGAGUGGAAGCAAGUCGUGAAUGAAGAUGAUAAUGCCACUAUAGACAUUUCCACCAAGAUAAGUCAUUUGAACUACAUCAGGCAGAAACUGGUUUUAUUAAGAUUGAGAAGUGAAAACGGUCGUACCUGA